AUGCGCAGUUGUGUCUCAAUUCGCUGCGAUAUCCUAUCUCGCUACUUCACGGCCCUUCUCCUAUUUUUGCAUUUACAGUUUCCUCUGAACACUUACUCUAUUCAAUAUUCCGUAAAUGAACCAGCUUUCAACCAUCGAAGAAGAGGUAUUGAACCUGAAAUUACGCCGAACUAUUCAAGGACAGGAGGAAUGGGAGCCGAAGAUGAAGGGGUUGCGAUUUUGAGUGUUGGUUCCAAGAAGAAUCUGCACAGCAAUUACAAUGCACCUGAAGUAAGAGAGUCUGGAAGGCCCUGUGAGUAUUCUCCGCGCGACAAGAUGGCGUCACACGCUGGCUACAUGAGGCCUUUGGCGAAAGUAAAGUCACAACCAACGAAAACGCAGAGAGAACUACUGCUGGAGGAGCUUUUUUCUAAUUAUAAGACCGAGGAGCGACCCACGGAGAUGCUGCGAACGCAAACUGUAGUGAAGGUGCAUAUGAAGGUUUUGGCUAUCUAUUCAGUUGAUGCGAGCACUAUGGAUUAUUACAUGGACGCGUGGUUUCGUCAAACCUGGGUGGACCCUCGGCUGGCUUGGAAUACCACCGAAGGCUUCAAAAACUACACACAACCAUUGACAUCCAUGAGGCUGAAGGUAAUGAUGUGGUUACCUGAUCUUUUCUUCCGGAACGGUAAAGAUGGCUACGUGCACAAAAUGACCCUUCCCAAUUAUCUUCUCCGCAUCUAUCCCGAUGGCGGUGUUCUUUACAGCCAAAAGAUUACCAUGCGAUUUGCCUGUCAGAUGGAUCUGCACGCCUAUCCUAUGGACACACAAACAUGUGAAAUCAAUAUGGGCAGUUUGGCAUACACUUUAAGUGAACUAAAGUUGGUUUGGCGUGAAAUGAUACCUGUGGAAGGGUGGCAAAAGCUACAAAUUCCACAGUUCUACACACCGACACAUUUUGCAGCACUUGACUGCAACUCAGCCAUCAGCACCACUACGGCCUCUUAUACCUGCCUGACGGUCACAUUUAGUUUCAAACGACAGCUGGGAUCAUAUCUCCUCACUAUUUACAUCCCAAACAUCCUCAUCGUCAUGGUCUCUUUCCUGAGCUUUUGGAUAAGUGUGGACGCAGCUGCAGCACGGGUUUCUGUGGGUCUGCUUAGUCUCCUUGCUCUUCUAACCCAGGCCUCUUACAUGGCAACAAGCCUGCCAAGGGCCUCCUAUAUAAAGGCUCUCGAUGUUUGGUUCCUGUUUUCCGUCGUCUUUGUGAUGUGUGUGGUGGUAGAGUACGCGUUGGCGAUCACGCUUCUGCGACGGAAGCGGGCGGCUAGCGGACGGAUUGAUGUUUGUCGGACUGUUAAGGUGGAAGUAGAGCAACAGCCUCCAGCCUAUCAGACAGGACACUCUGAUGUGGGGUGCUCCGACGGGCCCGGAAGACCGUCAGACAAUGAAGUGAAGUCCUGCCUUGGCAUAAACACUGAACAUACGAAUGCAAAAAAGACUAGCAAAGGCGGCCGUGGGCUCACACAGUCCAAGGUCGACAGCUACAGUCGCAUUGUAUUUCCCCUUUUUUACGUAGUGUUCAAUAUAUUUUACUGGCUGCACUACCUGGUCAUUGUCAACCAAGCUGAGGAGCCUAAUUAA